CCUGCCAUUCUCCAUAGCCCGGAGUUACAAGCGCACCGAGAAAACCCAGCACGAGUGUAUGUGAGAGACAGAGAGAGCAAGUGACAAAGUAACUAAUAAAACCAGAAAAAUAUUCAGUGAGGCUUCGUGCCUCUAGAAAGAACGAGAGAGUACACGAAUACGUUCAAGUUUAGUUAAGAAAACGUGGUGGAAAACUUUUCUGGGCUGUGGCAGAAAGCUGUGGACCGCGGAAGAUGCCAGAGCAAAGGUGUUGAACUUUCCAGAAUAUAAAGGAAGACGGGAGAGAGUUUGAGCAUUAGCCUUGGCAAUUCAGAAAGAAGGGCUGGAAGGGCUGACACGGUCCACGCUAGGGGACAGGUGAAGAAGUAACACAUUUAGAGAUGGCUGAUGAGCAGGACACAAGGGAAGUGCUUUUCCCACAGUGGAUGGGCCCUGAUAAGCAUGGGCUCACCAUAGAACAAAAAGGUCAAGGAGAGAUUUUUGUCAAAGAGGUGAAAGAUGAGUCCCCUGCUGCACAUACUGGGAAAGUAUAUGAAGGUGACCAGAUUGUGGGGGCCACCAUUUACUUCGACAACAUGAGCUCAGAAGAAACAUCUGAACUACUAAAGACUCUAAACCGACAUAAGGUUGGACUAAAAUUACAAAACAAGACUGGAGAAAAGUCACCUUGCCGUUCUCCAAUGGGGACAUUGUCAUGGGAAGGACGUGGAGGGUUAGGAGGCUCUAGUUCAGACAUUUUCCUGAGUGGGGAUGACGAAGACUAUAAGAGAAUCUACACUAAGAAAAUUAAACCUAGACUAAAGUCUGAGGAUCUUGCUGAGGGUGUUGAUGUGCGCACAGAACGUCACAGCAGCACAAGCAGUGAUGGUUGCACCAUUACUACAGUCACUCGUCGAAUAACUACCUACACUGUGGAUGUGCCUGGGGGGACUAGUCAGCAGAUUGAUCACUCAAGCCCUGAGUUCCAAAUUCAGGUCUUGCAGCAUGAGCAGUCGGAGGGGGAUCCUACUCAAAUCAGAUUACCACAUAGAAGCCUUGUUAGUGGUGAACACGGAGGUAUAAAAAUGGGGGACAUAUCUCUUAGCGGGCCCCAUAUCAUUGGCUCCUCUGUGAAGCACUGUAGCACAGGAUCUUUCAAAACAACAAGUGAAUUAGAUGGUAGUGGGAAAGAGAUUACAAUGAAUGUGUCAGACACUGGACUGUCAGGUGGAAAAGGACAGAGGGUGAUGGAACAUUUUGGAAGGACUGAAGCUUCUGCAGGCAGUAGUGAUCACUCUGGCAAAGUAACCAUGGGGUUAAACAAAGACGUGAAAAAUAUUUAUUCUCCACUGGAAACUGGUUUUAAAGCUUCAAGUAUGAUGGGAGGAACUGCAUUUUCUACAUUAAAGGGUCCUGUUCUGGACACUUGUGUUUCAGGUUUUUCCAUUAGUGGAGAGACAGGGGACAGAAUUGGCAGGGAAUCUUUGUCUAAAGUGCAUAAGGAUGGGUCUGAUGAUAAAAUCAAAUUGUCUAAAGUUACCAUAGAUGUUCAAAGACCCAAGGAAGGUCCAAAUGUAGAAGUGAAUUUUAACAAUCAAAAUCUUAAAGAUGUUAGUCAGAGAGGUUUGAGCAUAACUGGCAAUCAGGAAAUUUCAGCUCAGGAACCUGAUACAGUAGUAAGUCUCCCCAAAGCUGAUGUUAAAAUCACACCACCAGAUAUGGACAUCAGGGGUCCAGAGCUUAAAAUUGAAGGACAUAAGGGUAUAGUCAAAGAUGUCAAAUUUGAUGUGCCAUCAAUUACUGGUCAAAUAAUUUCUAUGCCCGAUGUGGAUUUGAACCUGAAAAGACAAAAAGCGAAAGGAGAUGUUAAUGUGUCUGUUCCAAAUGUUGAUGGGAAUGUUACAACAUCAAAAGUUGAAAUUAAAGGACUAGAUGUUGAGGGUGUCAAAGGUGACUUAACUGUUCCAAAGGUCAAAAUACCCUCAUUUGGAAUAAAAACUUCAGAAGUGAAGGGUCCUGAUGUUGAUGUAAAUCUUGCGAAAGCCAAAAUGGAGAUUAAAGCACAAGAUGUGGAUAUCAAGACUCCAGAGCUUAACAUUGAGAGAUCUGAAGGAAAAGUCAAAGAUCCCAAAAUCAAAAUACCAUCAAUCUCUGGUCCUAAGAUUUCGGUGUCUGACGUGAACUUAAAUGUAAAAGGGUCAACACUGAAAGAUGACAUCAAUGUGUCUGCUCCAAAAGUGGAAGGAGAUGUUAAGGCACCUAAGAUUGAAAUUGAAGGCCUAGAACUUCAAGGUGCUGAUGGUGGUUUUAAAAUACCAAAAAUCAAAAUGCCUUCAUUUGGAAUCAAAGCUUCAAAAGUGGAGGGCCCUGAUGUUGACGUAAAUCUUCCCAAAGCUGACAUGGAAAUUAAAGCUCCAGAUGUGGACACCAAAAAUCCAGAGCUUGACAUUGAGGGACGUGAGGGAAAAAUCAACGGCUCCAAAUUCAAAAUUGCUAUGCCGGAUGUUGACCUCAAUCUGAAAGGUCCAAAACUGAAAGGUGAUGUUGAUGUGUCUGUUCCAAAAGGGGAAGGAGAUAUUAAAGCACCAAAAGUUGAGAUUGAAUGCCCUGACAUAGAAGUACCUGAUGGUGGUUUUAAGAUGCCAAAGAUCAAAAUGCCAUCAUUUGGACUGAGGGGUCCAAAAGUAGACAGUCCAGAAGUAGAUGUGAAAAUCCCUAAAGCCAAUAUUGAAGUUAAGGUACCAGAUGUGGACAUCAAAGUUCCAGAGGUUGACAUUGAAGGACCUGAGGGAAAAAUCAAGGGCCCCAAAUUCAAGAUGCCAUCAAUCUCUGGUACAAAGAUUUCUAUGCCAGACGUUGACUUCAACCUGAAAGGUCCAAAACUGAAAGGUGAUGUUGAUGUGUCCGUUCCCAAAGUGGAAGGAGAUAUUAAAGCACCAAAAGUUGAAAUUGAAGGCCCAGAUAUUGAAGGACCUGAUGGUGGUUUUAAGAUGCCAAAGUUCAAAAUGCCAUCAUUCGGACUGAAGGGUCCAAAAGUGGAGGGUCCAGAUAUUGAUGUGAAAAUCCCUAAAGCCGAUAUUGAAGUUAAGGCACCAGAUGUGGACAUCAAAGCUCCUGAGUUUGACAUUGAAGGACCUGAGGGAAAAAUCAAGGCCCCCAAAUUCAAGAUGCCAUCAAUCUCUGGUCCAAAGAUUUCUAUGCCAGAUGUUGACUUCAACCUGAAAGGUCCAAAACUGAAAGGUGAUGUUGACGUGUCCGUUCCAAAAGUGGAAGGAGAUAUUAAAGCACCAAAAGUGGAAAUUGAAGGCCCAGAAAUUGAAGGACCUGAUGGUGGUUUUAAGAUGCCAAAGUUCAAAAUGCCAUCAUUCGGACUGAAGGAUCCAAACGUGGAGGGUCCUGAUGUUGAUGUGAAGGCACCAGAUGUGAACAUCAAAGCUCCAGAGUUAGACAUUGAAGGACCGGAUGGAAAAAUCAAGGGCCCCAAAUUCAAGAUGCCAUCAAUCUCUGGUACAAAUAUUUCUAUGCCAGAUGUUGACUUCAACCUGAAAGGUCCAAAACUUAAAGGUGAUGUUGACGUGUCCGUUCCAAAAGUGGAAGGAGAUAUUAAAGCACCAAAAGUGGAAAUUGAAGGCCCAGAAAUUGAAGGACCUGAUGGUGGUUUUAAGAUGCCAAAGUUCAAAAUGCCAUCAUUCGGACUGAAGGAUCCAAACGUGGAGGGUCCUGAUGUUGAUGUGAAGGCACCAGAUGUGAACAUCAAAGCUCCAGAGUUAGACAUUGAAGGACCGGAUGGAAAAAUCAAGGGCCCCAAAUUCAAGAUGCCAUCAAUCUCUGGUCCAAAGAUUUCUAUGCCAGACGUUGACUUCAACCUGAAAGGUCCAAAACUGAAAGGUGAUGUUGACGUGUCCGUUCCAAAAGUGGAAGGAGAUAUUAAAGCACCAAAAGUUGAAAUUGAAGGCCCAGACAUUGAAGGACAUGAGGGUGGUUUUAAGAUGCCAAAAAUGAAAAUGCCAUCAUUUGGACUGAAGGGUUCAAAAGUGCAGGGUCCAGAUGUUGAUGUGAAGGCACCAGAUGUGAACAUCAAAGCUCCAGAGUUAGACAUUGAAGGACCGGAUGGAAAAAUCAAGGGCCCCAAAUUCAAGAUGCCAUCAAUCUCUGGUCCAAAGAUUUCUAUGCCAGACGUUGACUUCAACCUGAAAGGUCCAAAACUGAAAGGUGAUGUUGAUGUGUCCGUUCCCAAAGUGGAAGGAGAUAUUAAAGCACCAACAGUUGAUAUUGAAGGCCCAGAAAUUGAAGGCCCUGAUGGUGGUUUUAAGAUGCCAAAGUUCAAAAUGCCAUCAUUCGGACUGAAGGGUCCAAAAGUGGAGGGUCCAGAUAUUGAUGUGAAAAUUCCAAAAGCCAAUAUUGAAGUUAAGGCACCAGAAUUGGACAUCAAAGCUCCAGAGUUUGACAUUGAAGGACCUGAGGGAAAAAUCAAGGGCUCCAAAUUCAAGAUGCCAUCAAUCUCUGGUCCAAAGAUUUCUAUGCCAGACGUUGACUUCAACCUGAAAAGUCCAAAACUGAAGGGUGAUGUUGACGUGUCCGUUCCAAAACUGGAAGGAGAUAUUAAAGCACCAAAAUUUGAAAUCGAAGGCCCAGACAUUGAAGGACAUGAGGGUGGUUUUAAGAUGCCAAAAAUGAAAAUGCCAUCAUUCGGACUGAAGGGUCCAAAAGUGGAGUGUCCAGAUGUUGAUGUGAAAAUCCCUAAAGCCAAUAUUGAAAUUAAGGCACCAGAUGUGGACAUCAAAGCUCCAGAGUUUGACAUUGAAGGACCUGAGGGAAAAAUCAAGGGCUCCAAAUUCAAGAUGCCAUCAAUCUCUGGUCCAAAGAUUUCUAUGCCAGACGUUGACUUCAACCUGAAAGGUCCAAAACUGAAAGGUGAUGUUGACAUGUCCAUUCCAAAACUGGAAGGAGAUAUUAAAGCACCAAAAUAUGAAAUUGAAGGCCCAGACAUUGAAGGACAUGAGGGUGGUUUUAAGAUGCCAAAAAUGAAAAUGCCAUCAUUCGGACUGAAGGGUCCAGAUGUUGAUGUGUCAAUUCCAAAAGUUGAAGGAGACUUUAAAACACCAGAUGUUGCUAUCAAGGGGCCAAAACCUGACAUAGAAUUGCCUGAAGGAAAAAUCAAGGGCCCAAAUCUCAAGAUGCCAUCAGUAUCUGGUCCUGAAGGCCCUAAUGUUCAGAUUAAUUUUCCAGAAACAAAUGUGAAAAAGCCAAAAUUCAAAAUGCCCAAGUUUGGAUUUAAAGGGCCAAAGAUUGAAGCACCUGAUGUUGAUGUCAAACUUCCGAAAGGAUCUAAAGUGAAAGGUCAAGCAGGUGUCAGUUUGGAGGGUGAUGUCAAUAUGCCAAAAGUGGAAGUUGAUUCUUCAAGUGUAGAAGUUAAAAGUCCAGAGGGAGGAUUCAAGAUGCCAAAAUUUAAAAUGCCAAAAUUUGGUUUUAAAUCACCCAAAGGAGAAAUUGAUGUCAGUGUACCUAGUGGUGAUGUUGGUUUAAAUUCACCUGAUAUUGACAUCAAAACUCCUGAUCUUGAUGUUGAAGGACCUGAGGGACAAAUCAAGGGCACCAAAUUCAAAAUGCCUUCUUUAUCUGGUCCAAAGAUUUCUAUGCCAGAUGUAGACCUCAACUUGAAAAGUCCAAAAGUCAAGGGUGAUAUUGAUGUUUCUGGACCCAAGAUUUCAGGUGACAUAAAGACUCCAAAAGUAGAUAUUGAAGGACCUGAUGUUGAUGUAGAGGGCCCAGAAGGUGGCUUCAAGAUGCCUAAAAUCAAAAUGCCAUCAUUCGGACUAAGAGGUCCUAAAGUGGAGGGUCCAGAUGUUGACAUCAAUCUCCCCAAAGCAGAUCUUGACAUUAAAGGACCUGAAAUUGACAUCAAAACUCCUGAUCUUGACAUAGAAGGACCUGAGGGGAAAAUCAAAGGUCCCAAGUUCAAAAUGCCUUCAAUAUCAGGUCCAAAGAUCUCUAUGCCAGAUGUCGACUUAAAUCUUAAAGGCCCCAAAGUCAAGGGUGAUAUGGAUGUUUCUGUACCAAAGAUUUCAGGGGACAUAAAAGCUCCAAAAGUGGACAUUGAAGGUCCUGAUGUUGAAAUAGAGGCCCCGGAAGGUGGCAUCAAGAUGCCUAAAAUAAAAAUGCCAUCAUUUGGAUUCAAAGGUCCUAAAGUGGAGGUCCCAGAUGUUGACAUCAGUCUUCCCAAAGCAGAUGUCGACAUUAAAGUACCUGAAAUUGACAUUAAAGAUCUUGACAUUGAGGGACCUGAGGGAAAAAUCAAAGGUCCCAAGUUCAAAAUGCCUUCCAUAUCAGGGCCAAAGAUCUCUAUGCCAGAUGUCAACUUAAAAGGCACCAAAGUCAAGGGUGAUGUGGAUAUUUCUGUACCAAAGAUUUCAGGGGACUUAAAACCUCCAAAAGUGGACAUUGAAGGUCCUGAUGUUGAAAUAGAGACCCCGGAAGGUGGCUUCAAGAUGCCUAAAAUCAAAAUGCCAUCAUUUGGACUCAAAGGUCCUAAAGUGGAGGGCCCAGAUGUUGACAUCAAUCUCCCUAAAGCAGAUGUCGACAUUAAAGGACCUGAAAUUGACAUCAAAACUCCUGAUAUUGACAUUGAGGGAUCUGAGGGAAAAAUCAAAGGUCCCAAAUUCAAAAUGCCUUCCAUAUCGGGUCCAAAGAUCUCUAUGCCAGAUGUCAACUUAAAUCUUAAAGGCCCCAAAGUCAAGGGUGAUAUGGAUAUUUCUGUACCAAAGAUUUCAGGUGAUCUAAAGGCACCAAAAGUGGACAUUGAAGGUCCUGAUUUUGAUAUAGAGGGCCCAGAAGGUGGCAUCAAGAUGCCUAAAAUAAAAAUGCCGUCAUUUGGACUCAAAGGUCCUAAAGUGGAGGGCCCAGAUGUUGAUAUCAAUCUGCACAAAGCAGAUGUUGACAUUAAAGGACCUGAAAUUGACGUUAAAGCUCCUGAUCUUGACAUUGAAGGACCUGAGGGAAAAGUCAAAGGUCCCAAGUACAAAAUGCCUUCCAUAUCAGGGCCAAAGAUUUCUAUGCCAGAUGUCAACCUAAAUCUUAAAGGCCCCAAAGUCAAAGGUGAUAUGGAUGUUUCUGUACCAAAGAUUUCAGGUGACCUAAAGGCACCAAAAGUGGACAUUGAAGGUCCUGAUGUUGAUAUAGAGGGCCCAGAAGGUGGCAUCAAGAUGCCUAAAAUCAAAAUGCCAUCGUUUGGACUCAAAGGUCCCAAAUUGGAGGGUCCAGAUAUUGACUUCAGUCUCCCCAAAGCAGAUGUUGACAUUAAAGGACCUGAAAUUGAUGGUAAAGCUCCAGAUCUUGACAUUGAAGGGCCCGAAGGUGGUUUAAAACAUGUUAAGCUCCCCAAAUUCAGAGGUCCCAACUUUGGAAUAAAGCCUUCAGGUGGCAGUCUUUCAAUGCCUGAAAAAGAUAUAGGGGCGAGUAUUAAUGUCAAAAGCCCUGAUGUCAAUAUCAGUGGACCAGAUGCAAAUAUCAAGGUGCCAAAAAUGAAAAAAUCUAAAUUUUCGCUUGGAGUUAAGAGCCCAAAAUUGGAUGCAGAUAUUCCUGAUGCUGGUGGUAGUGUAGAAGGGCCUGAUAUGAACAUAGAUGUGAAAGGAAAGAAGGGUAAAUUCAAGUUGACUAAAGGGAAGGGGAAGUCUAAAACCUUUGAUGGCGAUAUCAAGUUGGAGACAAAUGAACCUGACGUACAGAUGAAGUCAACCAAAGUAAAGAAACCUUUUUUUGGAAAGUUACAUUUUCCUGAUGUGGAAUUUGACAUCAAAUCUCCAAAAGUUAAAGGUAGUUCAUCUGCAUCUGGAACUAUAAAAUCUAAUGUUGAUUUGCCUUCUGCAAGCCUUAGAACUGAUAUUCAGACACCAGAUGCAAGUUUGGGUGGUCCCGAUUUCAAAACAAAAGGGGAAAAAAUCAAAAUGCCAAAAGUCGGCAUCUCUGGCUCUGAGAUAAAAACUCCUGAACUGGAUGUUAGAGAUGCAACAUUAGAUCUUCCGCAAAAGUAUUUUCAUUCCCCAGAUGUCAGUGUAGCAGGAUCAGGCAUUAAUGGAAAAGGCAGGGCUAACAUUGACAUAGAAGGUAAAAUACAGGAUGUUAAGUUGACAGUGCCUGCUGUAAAUGUCCAUGGUGGUGCUUUAGAUGCUGAUUUAAAUCUCACUGAACAAAAAGGAGUAAAAGGGAGCAUUGAAAUACCAGGCUUUAAUGUAAGAGGACAAAAAGGAGAGACUGCAAGUGGGUUAGACAUGAAGCCAGAUGCAUCAUUAUCUGGUGUGAUGGAGUACCAAGAUGUUAAUGUAACCUUUCCCAAAAUCAAAGUACCAAAGUUUGGUGUUGCAUUGCCUAAAGUAGGUGGAGGAGAGAUGGGAGUUGAUGUAGGUUCAUGUGAAUUGGCUGCUGGUUCUAAAGUUACUUCCCAAAGUCUGGAAAUGGAGAACACUGAUAGGAAAAGCAGUGGUGGAAAAGUGAAAGUCAAAAUGCCAAAAUUAUUUGCCAAAUCUAAAUCGAAAGGUGGUAGUGCAGCUGAUCUUACUGUUGAGGGAGAAGAAAUUGAUGUUACCAGUAAAGGUGGUGCAAAGGUGUCUAAGGAGUUGAGCCUUAGUUCUGGGGAAUUGACACGUGGCAAGUUAGCAGUAGAGGGAAGUUCUGGGUUUAAAGUUUCACCAAAGAGUAAAUCUGCCUCCCUUGACCUCUUCAAAAAAACACAACAUCACUCAUCCUCUGUAAGUGAUGAGGGAGGUUUAGCUUCCCCUGUUUCUGCUGAAGGCCACUUACAGGCAGAGGGUGGCAACGUUUCAGUUGAUGUUGGAGAAAAGGUUAAAGGCAAAAAAGGAAAGUUGAAGUUUGCUACAAUUGGAGGUUUUAGCUCAAAAAGUAAAGGUUCAUAUGAAGUGACAGAUGAAAGUGAGGUUAGGAUUGAGGGUGCUGGUGGAGUUGCUCAGUCUUCAAAGAAGUCCAGAAUGUCAUCAUCAUCUAGCAGUGAUAGUGGUUCAAAAAGCAGUUUUCGGCUACCACAUCUUGAAAUAGCGGUUUCGCCAAAGAAAUAGUUUUCACGCUAUUAUCUAUACACAGUACAUUCACAUACACACUUUUUUCAGUCUAGAUGACUGUGUAAAUCUGUCUUUCAUUUAAGCAAUGGUGCACUGCCAUAUUGACUGUUUCUUCAAUUCCCACAUAUGUUCUUUACAGGCAUUGAUAUAUAUAUGUAUUUUUUUAAAAUCACAAUUUAACUGUAAAUAAAAGAAAACUGUUAUGUAAUUUUAAUUUUGUUUUGUAGAUAGGAAAUGCAAAUCCAAUCCAACAAUGUGCGUAGUUAAUAUAAAAAUCAUCUGUCAUCUGAUAACUUGUUCUAUUUAUGUACCUUUGAAAAUGUUUGAAACUCUGUUGUCCUUUCUAAAAUUGUCUGGACACAUUUAAAUGCAAGAGGAAUGAUUUUAGUUAGAUUUGAAAAGAUGUUAAGACUUAAUCUUCACAUAUAUAUUUAGUGCUGUAUCAUAUGUACUUAUCACAUAUGAAUAACUAAUUUGAGCAGCGAUAAACCAGAUCUUAUUAGUGAGCACAAUGAAGUUUUAAGGGCUGUACAAACUGUAAAUAAAUUGAUUCAAAACGAAUACAUGGGAUAACAUAACUUUGUGUCCCAAAUAUUAUCACAGUUCAGAUAUUAUGGAAUUUAUUAUUAGAGAUUAUAAUCUUCUAAAGUAUUUAUAUGUAAGACUCUUUUUCAAUGAUUGCUUGAGUCUCUUUAAAAUGCACAACAGGAAGCAGCUGGCAAAAGCUGUGACAUGCUUUGAUUUUUAAUGGUUUCUAAGGCAUUUUUUUCUUGGUUAUAUUUUCCACAUUUCUUUACAUCCGGAUGACUCUCUCUCUUCCUCUCACUAAAUUUAUGAAAUGUUGUGCUGUCAUCAUGUGGUGAUAUAACUACAGGAAUGCUAAUGCCAACGGUAAAACAUUAAUAUUUUUGAAAAGGCAUAAAAUGUGCAUUGCUCUUGUAAAUAAUGGGACAUUUAGGCUGCAAGUUUCUAACUUUUUUUUCCUUGUGUCAUUUGCAAAAGUUUAAAUAAAGUGAUCAAAUAUCA